GCCUGUCUGAAGCUCCCGGUCUAGGAUUGGAGGCGGACACGGACAGGUGGGCGUGGAUUGGCUAGGGCAGCCGGUCAGUGUGAGGCGGGGGCGGGGCCUCGGCGGCUGGUUGCGCGUGUCCGCCGCUGGCUCCGCUCUAUCCGGCUUUGCUAGGGGAGGUGAGUCCGGCCGCGGCGGCACUGGCGGCUGAGGAGGCGGCGGCUGAGAAGAAAGCGGCCGCAGCGGCUGAGGAGAAAGCGGCUGCGGUCACGGAAGCCGGGUGGGGGGGAGGGGGGGAGACGGAGCAGCCUUGAGCCCUGCGGGGGCCGUCGUACGGGGGGACCCACCCGCUCUCCCCCCCAACCCUCCUCAGCAGAAGCAGCCGGCGGCGGGGGUAGGAGUCAGCCCGCUUCCGACUGCACCCCGCCCGCCUCCCCGGGCUUCGGUUCUUUGGCCCCGGGACCCUCACCUCAUCCCGGGGCGGUUCCCUCUGCCUGGGCGUCCGAGUGCUGCCCACCUCUCUUUCAUUCUCUCCGCACCUCCUUCCCUUCACUUUGCCCCGGUCCUCUUUCUCCUCUCCGCUCUGCCCUGUCGCCCCCUCGGCUCACUCUCUCCCUGCUGCCUCCGUCCCUGGCUCUCCUCUGUUCAGCAAAGUUUAGUAGCCCCCCCCCUCCCUGCAGGCCUGUCUGUCUCGGAGUAGGGGGGGAGAUGUAGGAAGGCCUGAGGAGUUGAGGGGGGGGGAAGCUGGUUUCCCUGAGAAUUUCCCCCCAGCCUGUGAGUUUGGGGUGGUGAGACUUGUUCCCGUUGUAUUUUUUGAGGAGGGGGUAGGGGUUUAGAAAAGGAUGUGGGGAUGGAAGGGGUAGCUGAGUCAACCCUCUUACAAGAUUCCCAGGGUGGCGUGUUACCUGAUCCUUUUCGUGCGUGGAGUUCAGGGGGUCGGGAGGGUUGGCCUUCAUUCCCACCUUCAAAGUUGGAGCCUCCCCCCAAUUAAGGAUGGAGUUUUAGUACCCACUUGUGGCAGGAAUCCUGGGGGGAACGGGUCCCUUGUCCCUUUUUCUUUUCUUUUUCCUUUUCCUUUUCUUUUGUUGGCAACCCACUCCUGGCCAUACACGCUCACCCCAAACUACCCACCAAGAACCCCUCACUUCUCUGGAUUGACUGAUGAAGACCUAAAGCCCUGCCCGCUCUAUGUUUUUUGGAGGUGGAGUGAGUGGUUUUUUUUCUUCAUUUUUUUUAAAUGGCCAAAUGACAGCUUGACCCAGUUUGCUUUCCAAAAUCAAAGGGCAUUUUCUUGAAUGUCUCUUUGUGGCGCAAGAGCCAACGCAAAAAUGAUGGCGGCUUACAAUGGCGGUGCAUCUGCGGCAGCAGCAGGUCACCACCACCACCAUCACCACCACCUUCCACACCUGCCUCCUCCUCACCUGCACCAUCACCACCACCCUCAGCACCAUCUGCACCCUGGUUCGGCCGCUGCCGUGCACCCAGUACAGCAGCAUACCUCUUCGGCAGCUGCGGCGGCUGCAGCAGCGGCCGCAGCUGCAGCCAUGUUAAACCCUGGGCAGCAACAGCCAUAUUUCCCAUCACCGGCACCGGGUCAGGCUCCUGGACCAGCUGCAGCAGCCCCAGCUCAGGUACAGGCUGCUGCAGCUGCUACAGUGAAGGCGCACCAUCAUCAGCACUCGCAUCAUCCACAACAGCAGCUGGACAUAGAGCCGGAUAGACCCAUUGGAUAUGGAGCCUUUGGUGUUGUCUGGUCGGUAACAGAUCCAAGAGAUGGAAAGAGAGUAGCACUCAAAAAGAUGCCCAACGUCUUCCAGAAUCUGGUCUCUUGCAAAAGGGUCUUCCGGGAAUUGAAGAUGUUGUGUUUUUUUAAACAUGAUAAUGUACUCUCUGCCCUUGACAUACUCCAACCUCCACACAUUGACUAUUUUGAAGAAAUAUAUGUUGUCACAGAAUUGAUGCAGAGUGACCUGCAUAAAAUUAUCGUCUCUCCUCAACCACUCAGCUCAGAUCAUGUCAAAGUUUUUCUUUAUCAGAUUUUGCGAGGUUUGAAGUAUCUCCAUUCAGCUGGCAUUUUACAUCGAGACAUUAAGCCAGGGAAUCUCCUUGUGAACAGCAACUGUGUUCUGAAGAUUUGUGAUUUUGGAUUGGCCAGAGUGGAAGAAUUAGAUGAAUCCCGUCAUAUGACUCAGGAAGUUGUUACUCAGUAUUAUCGGGCUCCAGAGAUCCUGAUGGGCAGCCGUCAUUACAGCAAUGCCAUUGACAUCUGGUCAGUCGGAUGUAUUUUUGCAGAGCUACUUGGACGAAGAAUACUGUUUCAGGCACAGAGUCCCAUUCAGCAGUUGGAUUUGAUCACGGAUCUCUUGGGCACACCAUCACUGGAAGCAAUGAGGACGGCUUGUGAAGGCGCUAAGGCACACAUACUCAGGGGUCCUCAUAAACAGCCAUCUCUUCCUGUACUUUACACCCUGUCUAGCCAGGCUACACAUGAAGCUGUUCAUCUCCUUUGCAGGAUGUUGGUCUUUGAUCCAUCCAAAAGAAUAUCCGCUAAGGAUGCCUUAGCUCACCCUUACCUAGAUGAAGGGCGACUCCGAUACCACACGUGUAUGUGUAAAUGUUGCUUUUCCACCUCUACUGGAAGAGUUUAUACCAGUGACUUUGAGCCCAUCACCAAUCCCAAAUUCGACGAUACUUUUGAGAAGAACCUCAGUUCUGUUCGACAGGUUAAAGAAAUUAUUCACCAGUUCAUUUUGGAACAGCAGAAAGGAAACAGAGUGCCUCUCUGCAUCAACCCUCAGUCUGCUGCUUUUAAGAGCUUUAUUAGUUCCACUGUCGCUCAGCCGUCCGAGAUGCCCCCCUCGCCUCUGGUGUGGGAGUGACGUGGGAGAUAAUGUACUACUGAAGAUGUAAUGUAGCUUUCCACUGGAGUCUGGGAUUUGCAAUUCUGGAGGUUAAUCAUGCUUGUACUGUAAUUUUACUAAUGAAGUUUUAAAUUAACAACCACUACUUGUAUGAUAUGAAUAAUAUUUAGAAAUGUUACUAGACUUUUAAUCUUGUAAAGUGGUUGUGCUUUUAGAAGAAAAAAUAUUUUACCCAGAGUCGCACAUGUUUUAUGAAUUUAGUGCAGCUGUUAUGGCUCACCUCAGAACAAGAGAGAAUUGAACCAAAUUUGGGAGUUGGGGGUUUUGUGGUUUUGUUUUUGUUUUUCUUUUUCUUUUCUUAAAUGAAGUGAGAUUGUCACACACACACACAUACACACAUACACACACACACACACACAGACCACAUACAUACAUACACACGCACACUCACACACACAGAGACAUGCACACACAAGGCAGUCAUACAUUUUGAUAAUUUGAGCCAUUCCUGAAGAUUUGGAGUUUUCUAAAAGAAUCUCGAGACCUUGCCUGAGACCAAUCAUGGAGCCACCUGAGCGGAUUGUGGCUGCACCUGGGGGUGGGGGGCGGGGCAUGCCACCUGAUGAUCCAGCCCUAUAAUUAGCUUCUCAUUAGAGCCGUGACAGUGAUGUGUGCUGUCUAAAAUCCAUUGUUGUGGGUAGAGAGAAUGAGUUUGUGACUAGGAGAGACUAAACUUUUGUUUUCCUUACCUGGUAUAAAUAUAUAUAUAUAUAUUUAAUCUAUUUUUAUUAGAAGUUUUUCUGCUCUUUCUUACAUAAAAGAACCCCCAAGCAUGCAUCUUUCAUGUGUGUAAAUAAGUAAUUUCUGGGCUAAUUUCAAAAGAAUCCCAACAUUGCUGUAUAGAGAGAGAACUAGCUUGCACAUUUUAGGUCUGUGAAAUUUUGUGAGACUUUUCCUGCACUGGACAGUAAAACAAUAAAUAAAUAAAAGACAAAAACAAAUUAAAAAAAAAAUUAAAGCCACAAAAAAAAGGCACAUAGGGAAUUAUGUCAAAUGUGUUUGUGUCCUUAGGCAAAGCUGUGGGAGUCUUGAAAUGUCACAGUAGUAAAUAACUUAUGACUUUUUUGACAAAUUCUUUUUUCUGUUGGAACACUGAAUUCUUCUGUGCAUAUGUAUAUAUGAAUACAAACUGAAGGCCUCUACCUCCUGGAGUCAUACAACUUGGCUUGUUUACCUCCACUUGCUGAUGAUGACUAUUUUUUUUUUUUAAGUUCAAUGUGGAGACUUGAAACUUGAAUGUCCCUUCCAACUUUUAUAUUAAAAAUAAAAAGACAAGAAAAUUGAAGAUCGUUUUUCACCUGUACAAGGAAUCCUAAUGAAUCGUCUUAAAAUUGGUCUAGGAUAAAAAAAAACCUCGGUGUGUGUUAUGGACAAUUAACUAUUAAAGUUAUUGUAAGUUAUCUGUAUUUAGCAGAGUAUUUUCAUCUUGAGUGAUCUGAACUGAAUUUGAAGACUAUUAAUAAGUUAUGUUUGGAAGUUUUAACUUCAAUGAAGUAAUUAUUUGCUGUGAAAGAAACAAACAAUGAAUUACUAAACAAAGAUGGUGCAAUAUCUUUGUUUUUUUUUUAUGAGGCUCCUGAGAAUCAACCCAACUGAAGCAUUUCAAUUCACUUGAAUGAGAAACGUGUUUAGUAUCAAAAGAGCCCAAGAAGACACUGGUGUGAAAGGUACAAUCUCAGAGGUUGGUCAAUUACCGUGGCACACUUACUGGUCACUUUGUACAAUGUAGAUUUGAAGUACAGUGGUGAAAACAUUAAAUGUGACAUUUGAAAAGA